AUAGAGCUCUAGUAAAAAGUAUCAAGAGAUCCAUAAUGCGUCUUAUCUCAACUUUUUCUAUAAAGCAACAGCACCGCAGGUCUGCGCAUUUCUGAUAUCAUACAGAUCAAUAUUACCCCUCUCUCUCUCUCUCUCUCUCUCUCUCUGUUCAGGAGCUCUUUAAUGAGCUCUGGAAUUGAAGAACAGAGUGCCUUCUCCUUCCCCACCUUCUCGCAACUAAGAAAGAUGACUGAUUACUCCUUUGAUCCCUUAGCAGAAGCCAUUAAUGAAUCCUCCUCUACUGUUCAUCGCACUGUAAGCAAUGCAUCCAAUUCUUCUCAUUACAGUGAAAGAAACAAUCUUUACGCUAUCAAGGAUGCAAAGUUUCAUGGAAGGAGAAGAAAGCAGAAGGAGAAGGAAGGGGAUGAAGCGCCUGUUGGUUAUAUACAUGUUAGAGCAAGGAGAGGUCAAGCUACAGAUAGUCAUAGUCUUGCAGAGAGAGUUAGAAGAGAGAAGAUCAGUGAAAGGAUGAAGGUUCUUCAGGGACUUGUUCCUGGUUGUGAAAAGGUUCAGAUUCAUAAAUAA